AUGGCGCUGGCGGCGGCGCUGGGGGCUCUGGGGGUCCUGGGGGUGCUCCUGGGGGCUCCGCUGGGCGCGGGGGCUCUGGGGGUCCUGGGGGGGCUCCUGGGGGGUCCGCUGGGCGCGGGGGCUCUGGGGGCGCUGGGGGCGCUGCUGGCGCUGCAGCGGCGGCUGCGGCCGCACCUCUGGGCCGAUCUGGCGUUCGCUCUGCGGGCGCUGCGGGUCCGGCGGCGGGCGCGGGGCGGCCCCGGGGGCUCGGUUCUCUCCCGGUUCCUGCGGGCGGCCCGGGCGGCGCCGGCGCGGCCGUUCCUGCGGAGCCGGGCGGGCUCGGAGCCGCUGGGGCGGGCGGCCCGGAACGUGGCCAGGGUGGCGAACGCGCUGCGGGCUCUGCGGGCCCCGCCGAGGCCCGGGGAUACCGUGGGGCUGCUGGUGGGCAACGAGCCCCGCUUCGUGUGGGGCUGGUUCGGGCUGGCGGCGCUCGGGGCCCGCCCGGCCUUCCUGGGCACGGCGCUGCGCCCCGCGGGGCUCCGGCACUGCCUGAGAGGCUGCGGGGCGCGGGCGGUGCUGGUGGCGGACGAGCUGUUCGGGUCGGUGGAGCCGCUGCUGCCCAGCCUGCGGGAGGACGGCGUGGCCGUGUGGGUGCUGGGAGCGGGGCCGUACCCGCCCGGCGUCGUGGCGCUGCAGGAGCUGCUGGACGCGGCCUCCGAGGAGCUGGAGCCCGAGGACGUGUGGGAGCCCGAGGACAUGAACGACACCUGCCUCUACAUCUUCACCUCGGGCACCACCGGCCUCCCCAAAGCCGCCCGCGUCUCCCACCUCAAGGCCGUCAUGUGCCUGAGCUUCUACGAGCUGGUGGGAGCCUCCAGCCGCGACGUCGUGUACCUGGCGCUGCCCCUCUACCACAUGGCCGGCUCCCUCCUGGGCGUCGUCGGCUGCCUCGGCAUCGGAGCCACGUGCGUGCUGAAGGAGAAGUUCUCAGCCAGCCAGUUCUGGGACGAUUGCCGCGCCGAGGGCGUCACCGUCUUCCAGUACAUCGGGGAGCUGUGCCGGUACCUGGUGAACCAGCCCCAGCGCCCCGGGGAGCGGCAGCACGGGCUGAGGCUGGCGGUGGGCAGCGGCCUCCGCCCCGACGUGUGGCGGAGCUUCCAGCAGCGCUUCGGGCCCGUGCGCAUCGUGGAGACCUACGGCAUGAGCGAGGGCAACGUCACCCUCUUCAACUACACCGGCACCCCGGGCGCCGUGGGGCGCUGCAGCUUCAUCUACAAGCUCUUCUCGCCCUUCGAGGUCGUUCGUUACGACGUCGCGGCCGGAGCUCCGGAACGGGACGAGGCCGGGCGCUGCAUCCGAGCCCGGACCGGUGAGACGGGGCUGCUGAUCGCGCCGGUGACACCGCGGACGCCGUUCCUGGGCUACGCCGGCAGCCGGGAGCUGUCGGAGCAGAAGCUGCUCCGCGGGGUCUUCGCCGAGGGCGACGAAUUCUUCAACACCGGGGACCUGGUGGAGCAGGACGAGGAGCAGUUCGUGCGCUUCCGGGACCGCACCGGGGACACCUUCAGGUGGAAAGGCGAGAACGUGGCCACCACCGAAGUGGCCGAGGCGCUGCUGGCCCACGAGUCCCUGCAGGAAGCCACCGUUUACGGCGUCACCGUGCCAGGCCACGAGGGCCGUGCCGGGAUGGCCGCGCUGGUUCUGCGCCCCGGCCGCUCCCUGGACGGGCCCGGCCUCUACCGGCACCUGGAGCAGCUUCUGCCUCCCUACGCCCGGCCCCGCUUCCUCCGCCUGCAGGAGCGGCUGGAGAUGACGGAGACGUUCAAGCAGCAGAAGGUGCGGCUGGCCCGCGACGGCUGCGACCCCGCGCUGGUGGCGGAGCCGCUGCUGGUGCUGGACGAGGCCGCCCGCGAUUUCGUCCCGCUGGACCCCGAGCGGUGGGAGCGGCUCCGGGACGGGCGGAUCCGCCUCUGAGCCGAGCUGUGCCCCCGGAGAACCCCACGCGUGUCCCGGAGAUCCCCGGCUGUGUCCUGGGGGCGUCCCCCGGGUCCCUCCUGCCGCCCCUGAGCACCACGAAUCCUUCCCGGGGGUCCCAAAUCCAUCCCAGGGUCCUCAAAUCCAUCCCGGGGAUCCCUGUGUCCAUCCCGGGGUCCCCAAAUCCAUCCUGUGGGUCCCCAAAUCUGUCCCAGGAUCCCCAGAUCCAUCCCAGGGGUCCCAAAUCCAUCCCAGGAUCCCCAAAUCCAUCCCAGGGGUCCCCAAAUCCAUCCCAGGGCCCCCAAAUCCAUCCCGGGGAUCCCUGUGUCCAUCCCGGGGUCCCCAGAUACAACCUGGGAUCCCCAAAUCCAUCCCAGGGUCCCCAAAUCCAUCCUGUGGGUCCCCAAAUCCAUCCCAGGGGUCCCCAAAUCCAUCCCAGGGGUCCCAAAUCCAUCCCAGGGGUCCCAAAUCCAUCCCAGGAUCCCCAAAUCCGUCCCGGGGUCCCCAAAUCCAUCCCAGGGGUCCCAAAUCCAUCCCAGGGGUCCCAAAUCCAUCCCAGGAUCCCCAAAUCUGUCCCAGGGUUCCCCAAAUCCAUCCCAGGGUUCCCCAAAUCCGUCCCGGGGUUCCCCAAAUCCGUCCCGGGGUCCCCAAAUCCAUCCCAGGAUCCCCAAAUCCAUCCCAGGAUCCCCAAAUCCAUCCCAGGAUCCCCAAAUCCGUCCCGGGGGUCCCCAGCUCCAUCCCUGUCCCUCCCCUGUCCCCCCAAAGCCGCCGGUGCCUCCCCCCCGCCCCGGGGGCUCUUUGUACACGAAAUUUCCCCAUUUUGGGGUCUUUUUUUGGCAAAUAAAACUCUUUUUGUAGCAAA